GUCCGGCGCACGGGAGGGGGACGGAACAUGUCUCCCGCCGCAGGAAGAUGAGACAGUGGCGGCGCCCGCGGACGUAGCGGGCUGGGCAGAGCCGACCAGACGCGGCUUCACCGCGUACUCCACGCAGGCCGCCUCCGCCAGUGCCCCGAACACGUACGGGCACGCGGGGCGGGCACGCGGGGAGGGGCCCGGGCCACGCGCCGCCCACGCGCGACCCUCAGGGCCAGCUGGCGCCCCUUUGUCGGGGGGGGGGGCCAUACGUGUGCCGCUCCCCGUGCGCUGCGGCUCGGCCGCCCUGAGCAGGCUACCUACCACACAGGGCCAUCUCUAGGACUGAAGUAUCCAACUUGGCCCCUGAGCCCACCAUUGCAGCUGGAGAAUGAACCAGCCGCAGAGGAUGGCGCCUGUGGGCACAGACAAGGAGCUCAGUGACCUCCUGGACUUCAGCAUGAUGUUCCCCCUGCCGGUGGCCAAUGGGAAAGGCCGGCCCACUUCUCUGGCUGGCACCCAGUUUGGAGGCUCAGGUCUGGAGGACCGACCCAGCCCAGGCUCCUGGGCCACUGGUGACCAGAACAGCUCCUUCGACCCCAGCCGGCAGACAUACAGCGAAGGCACCCACUUCAGUGAGUCCCAUGGCAGCCUCUCUUCGUCCACAUUCCUGGGACCAGGGCUUGGAGGCAAGGGCGGUGAGCGGAGCACGUAUACUGCCUUUGGGAGAGACGCAGGUGUUGGGGGCUUGACUCAGGCUGGCUUCCUGCCCAGCGAGCUGGCCCUCAGCAGCCCUGGGCCACUGUCCCCCUCAGGCGUCAAGAGCGGAUCUCAGUAUUACUCUUCCUACCCCAGUCAUGCUCGGCGGAGAGCCGCGGACAGCGGCCUGGACACGCAGCCCAAGAAAGUCCGGAAAGUACCGCCAGGUCUUCCAUCCUCGGUGUACCCACCCAGCUCAGGUGAUGACUACGGCAGGGAUGCCACCCCCUACCCGUCUGCCAAGACCCCCAGCAGCACCUACCCGGCCCCCUUCUACAUGGCAGAUGGCAGCCUGCACCCCUCGGCCGAGCUCUGGAGCCCCCCAGGCCAGGCGGGCUUCGGGCCUAUGCUGGGUGGGGGCUCAUCCCCACUGCCCCUCCCGCCGGGUGGCGGCAGCUCUGUGGGCAGUGGUAGUGGCAGUGGGUUUGGUGGCCUGCACCAGCACGAGCGCAUGGGCUACCAACUGCACAGUGUGGAGGUGAAUGGUGGGCUCCCGGCUGUGUCCACUUUCUCGGCCCCCACCGCUGCCUAUGGCAGUAUUGCCAGCCACACGCCCCCCGUCAGUGGGGCCGACAGCCUCAUGGGCUCUCGAGGGACUACAGCUGGCAGUUCUGGGGACGCCCUUGGGAAGGCACUGGCCUCGAUCUACUCUCCGGAUCACUCAAGCAAUAACUUCUCGUCUAGCCCCUCCACCCCCGUGGGCUCCCCACAGGGUCUGGCAGGGACGUCACAGUGGCCCCGAGCAGGAGCCCCUGGUGCCUUAUCCCCUAGUUACGACGGGGGUCUCCACAACCUGCAGAACAAGAUGGAAGACCACCUGGACGAGGCCAUCCAUGUGCUCCGCAGCCAUGCCGUGGGUACCUCAGGCGACAUGCAUGGGCUACUGCCUAGCCACGGAACACUGGCUUCGGGCUUUGCCAGUCCUGUCAUGCCGCUGGGUGGACGGCACACCAGCUUGGUUGGAGGCAGCCACUCGGAGGACAGCCUCCCCGGCAAUGGCAGCCUCAUGCACAACCAUGUGGUCCUUCCCAGCCAGCCCAGCACCCUCCCUGACCUCUCUCGCCCUCCCGACUCCUACAGUGGACUUGGUCACAGGGCCGCCACCUCAGGCACCGGCGAGAUCAAGCGGGAGGAGAAAGAGGAUGAGGAGAAUGUGUCGGUGGCCGACAACUCCGAGGAGGAGAAAAAGGAGCUAAAGGCCCCCCGGAUCCGGACCAGCCCGGACGAGGACGAGGACGACCUUCUCCCCCCAGAGCAGAAGGCUGAGCGGGAGAAGGAGCGCCGGGUGGCCAAUAACGCUCGGGAGCGACUGCGGGUCCGAGACAUCAAUGAGGCCUUUAAGGAGCUGGGGCGCAUGUGCCAGCUGCACCUCAACAGUGAGAAGCCCCAGACCAAACUGCUCAUCCUGCACCAGGCCGUGUCGGUCAUCCUGAACCUGGAGCAGCAGGUGCGAGAACGUAACCUGAACCCCAAAGCAGCCUGCUUGAAGCGACGAGAAGAGGAGAAGGUGUCAGGUGUGGUCGGAGACCCCCAGAUGGUGCUUUCGGCCACCCACCCGGGCCUGAGCGAGGCCCACAACCCUGCUGGUCAUAUGUGAGAGGUACGCCGCCGUGAGAUAAGCUGACCGACCUCAGUCUAACCUGGAAUGGUCACACAAGGUAUCAGGUCCAUCCGCAGUGUGGGCCGGCCAGUCCACCUCCUCACACACGCCUGUGAUCGGUGUUGAGCCAACACCAACCUAAGGAGGCUUCAAGUGAUGGGAGCCCUGGAGGUGACAACUGGGUCUAGGAGCCUCCCAGGGACCCUGCUGUAUCCACCCCCAGGCCUCAGCCACCGCUGUGCCCUGGGACUUGCCUGAUGGAUCCUGAAACUGCAUCUUGGCCUUGCUACCCAAGUCCUGGCCAAAAGAAGCUUUCUUUUUCUCUCUCUCUCUCUCUCUCUCUCUCUCUCUCUCCCUCCCUCCCCCCCUCUCUUUUCUCUCUCUCUCUCUCUUUUUUUUUUUUUUUUUUGGUAAAAACUGGAAAGCAAACAAAAUAUACAAUACACUUUGUCAGAAAAGAAAAAAAUGCCUUAAGUAUAAAACAUGGGAAAGUUGAAACAUAUCACUCGCUGGAGAGAGACGCUGUGAAAAACUGGCUUGUUCUUCAAAAGCCACCAGCAAAUUGUGCCUAUGCCUGAUAUUUUUUUUUAAGGAAAAUAAAAAUGCUAGUUAUGAGAUUUUUUUUUUAAUGUAGAAGAAAAUUAGCAAGGAGGAUGCCUUUGUUUUUAUUUUGGGUUUUUUUUUUUUUUAGCUUUUUUUGCAUAUGUUUUGUAAGCAACAAAUGUUUUUGUAUAAAAGUUUCAUGUCUCUUGCUAUUUCUGCUGCUGUUUCUAGAACUGAGCAUUGCAUUUCACGAUCAAACAGAUUAAAAGUUGUAUUAAAAAGGC